UUGGACGGUGCAGCGGAUAAGCUAUGUGCUGUGCGACUCUCCCCCCUUGCUCUUCACGACCCCCCCUCCAUUUUUUAUUUAUUUAAUUGGUCCCCCGGGAACAGGAGCAAGCGGUCUGGAGGCUGGGCCAGUUUGUAGCCGCACGCAUUUAAUUGGCUGACUUCACCGGAGGAGUUGCAAAACAUCUCCCAGCUCAGAAAAUACAUAUACCAAAAAGAUAAAAAAAAAAAAAUACCGGGUACCCAAGCUAUUAGAGAAACGCAAAGUUGAGUAGAGGCGCAUAUAACUUGCAUAGAGCCAAGAAAUGGUUUUAGAAAGGAAUUACUAGUAUUAUCAUUUUGGAAAUAAACACCCGCGAUCGUAUUGUUUAAGUACACCCCCUUCCAGUCCUUUGCAAAAUAGCCAAGAAAAAAAAACACAAGAGAAGCAUUGAACAAACCCUGGAGAGACGGGGACUGGCAAGUCCUUGCUUUUCGACAGCAACUGUGCGGCUUUGAAUUCUGGUGUCUAACGUUUUGAGAUUCCGGAUAAUAAGUGAAGGGCAAAAGCCAAUUAAUGGCAUUCUUCACAGAAUAACGGCGAUUCAUUCAGUGGUGUCUGAGCAGCUACAAGAGGGAGCGUGAAGGAAAAGUUGCCUCUGCGGAGGCUCUAAGCACAUCCUGUGGACCCCGAAACGGAACUGGUAAAGCCUGCGAAAAUGGAAAGUUUUUCCUUUCUUUGAAUGUAUUUGUAUCCUAACAAGGGGCAUCCGUGGAAUACGCAGAAGGCGAUUUGGAGUUGGUGGUCACGCUGUAAGAUUGGACCAGGUGCAGGGGUCGGCACGAAUCUGCUUGGACGAAGCAUUUUCAGGUGCUGCAACAGAAGAAUCGACAACUUAAAAUCCACUAGCUGGAACUGGGUGGAUAACUGGGGAAAUCGUGAUACGGAUUAUAGCUGGACCAUUCAGAACAGAAGUGGAGUCCCACGAAUCCUGACCGAGGAGCCGCUCAGUCCUAAAGCUCCCACCUGUCCGAAAGGUUAUGCCAAAUUGGAACUGAAUAUGGAGCUUUUCUGGAUUUUAUUAUUUUCGGCCCUUCAUUACUGCGUGAAAGGACAAGGAGUUUACGCUCCUGCAAAUGCUCAGAUUGCCCAUUCAGGCCAGGCCUGUGUAGUGAAGGAUGACAAUAUCAGCGAGAGGGUCUACACAAUUCGGGAAGGUGACACGAUGGUGCUGCAGUGCUUGGUGAAAGGUCACCCAAGACCAGUGGUACGAUGGACAAAGACAGCUGGCAGCGCAUCAGACAAGUUCCAAGAGACUUCCAUGUUCAACGAAAGUCUGCGCAUUGAGAAGAUCCAGCGGACGCAAGGGGGCCGAUAUUACUGUAAAGCGGACAAUGGGAUCGGGGUGCCUGCCAUCAAGUCCAUUCGAGUAGAUGUGCAGUAUUUGGAUAAACCAAACUUGACCGUUCACCAGACAAUAAGUGAUGUCCGUGGAAGCUACUAUCAGGAGAAAACAGUUUUUUUGAGGUGUACUGUCAAUUCCAAUCCCCCGGCUCGUUUCAUCUGGAAACGUGACUCUGAGGUGAUCACUCAUAAUCAGGACAAUGGGGUGGAUAUCUAUGAGCCUCUUUACACUCAGGGGGAAACAAAAGUGCUGAAGCUGAAGAAUUUACGGCCACAAGACUUUGCCAAUUACACCUGUCAAGUUUCGGUCAGGAAUGUGUGCAACAUCCCAGACAAGUCUGUCACGUUUCAACUUACCAACACUACCUCACCACCUUCAUUAAAGCUGUCAGUAAAUGAGACCUUGGUGGUAAAUCCAGGUGAAAAUGUAACUAUUUCAUGUCUAGUGAUCACCGGCGAGCCAACGCCAACCAUCUCCUGGACUCACUAUCCUGGUCCUAUGCCUCCCCUGGCACGUAUUCAAGGUGGAACAACCACACUGUGGAAUGUUCAAGUGCAGGACUCUGGAUAUUACAACUGUACCGCAGUCAACAAUGUGGGCAACCCUGCCAAGAAGACAGUGAACCUGAUUGUGAGAGACAUGCGGAAUAUUACAUUCCAGAUCACUCCAGAUUCAAAUAAGGACAGUGAAACGAUUGAAAUGGAGAAGGAUGUAAAACUUUCUUGCCAUGUAGACGCGCAGCCUCAGGACAGAGUGAACUAUACCUGGUACAAGAAUGGCAUGCCUGUACGCACUUCCAGCUCUCUGGUCAUCAUCCGUAACGACCUUGACCUCGCACCCGGCACAUCAAGCCUAGAGAUCCUUGACCUGAAGUUUACGGACUUGGCCACCUACAAAUGUGUUGCUUCAUUUCCAGGAACGCCUAUUCCUAAACUACAAAUAGAGAUGAAUGUCACUGACAAAAGUGUAAAACCACCCACUUUAACUAUACCACGUGGUCGUGGUAUAAUAACAGUGAGAGAAGGAUCUCGUGCAGAACUCCAAUGCGAUUUAACAGGAAAUCCUCGACCUCCUGUGUUGUGGUCCCGUGCAGACAAAGAGUUGCCUAUGCCCAAUGGAGAAUGGAUAGUGGAGACUAAAGAUGGAAGACUGCGUCUAGAGAAUGUUACUCGAGAUAUGACUGGCACAUACCGCUGCCAGACAGCAAGAUACAACGGGCUGAACAUCAAGCCGCGAGAGGCUACAGUCCAGCUGAAUGUUCAAUAUGCCCCUAUUGUAGAUCCUCAGUUUACAGACAAGCGUUUCAAAACUGGAACCAGUGCGACACUACGCUGUUCAUUGCUGAAAGGAAACCCCCAGGCCAUUGCCACAGCUACAUGGCGCCUUAACAACCGCUUGGUCCGGUCUGGUCAAACUGACUCAAAAGAUGUUUCAGAGUUAAAAAUCGAGGCUGUGAACCAGGAUACAAUUGGAACAUAUGAGUGUAUGAUUUCCAAUGAUGUUGGGUCUUCCUCUUGCAUUUUCUAUGUAUCUGCUAGAGCUUACAGCCCUGAAUUUUACUAUGACACCCCAAAUCCAAUUCGAGUGCAGAAGGAAAAAAACGCUUACUCCUUUCUUCUACAAUGGACCCAAAAAGAUGCAUAUGCAGUUGAUCCUGUAAUUGGGUACAAGCUGGACUUCAGACAGCUAAAGUACCAGACUUCCAUAUCAAAACAAAUUUCUUCCACAUUGAAUAGAAAGGGAGAUCUGAUGGAGUACACCCUUGACGGUCUAAAGAUCAAUGAGAGCUAUGAGGUACGGCUUACGCCUAUCACCAACUAUGGAGCUGGAGACCCCACCACACGGUUAAUACACUAUAUUGAGCCUUACAACUACCCUGGACCAACAGAUCGGACUUGUGGCUUUGAAGAUGAGAAGAUCUGUGGUUUCUCCCAAGACAGCAGUGACAACUUUGACUGGACAAGACAAAACGCACUUACUCAGAAUCCCAAACGCUCCCCAAAUACUGGACCUACAAAAGACCGUAGUGGGUCUAGUGAAGGGUAUUAUAUGUAUAUUGAGGCAUCUCGGCCCAGAAUGCAAGGAGACAAAGCUCGCCUUCUCAGCCCACUCUACAAUAAUACAGGAGUAAGGACAUCUUUCAAGAACACCUAUUGUGUCUCCUUUUACUACCACAUGUUUGGGAAGCACAUUGGCUCGCUGAAUGUCCUCGUACGAGUGAAAAAUAUUGGGGUUCUCGAUACACAGGUGUGGACACUCAGUGGAAACCAGGGUCCAUGGUGGCAGCAGGCCAAUGUCACUAUCAGCCCAAGUGGAUCAUUCCAGGUGGUGUUUGAAGGGGUGCGGGGUAAUGGAUAUGAAGGAGACAUUGCCAUUGAUGAUGUCACAAUUAUGCUUGGCAAAUGUAAGCCGGAUACCAAUGCAUCACCGUACACAGAUGUUAUGCUAAAUGGAUCUGCAACAAUUCAUUUCCUGCCACACAGCCACAUGUUCUUUGCAGUGGUUAUCUCAAUGAUUCUACUUAUUAGAUGAUAAAAAGCUACGGUUAUCUAUUUACCCGUUGCUCAGAAGACAACUUCCCUGCUUUAAUUUGUCUUUCUCCUUUCCCUGGACCGUACUCUCUCCUUCCCCCUUCUUGUCACCAAUCUUCGUCUAGUUAAUUUUUAAAAACAUUUUCAAUUAUACUAUUUAUUUUUUUCUUUUUCUAUCAAUUUUUUUUCUCCUCGAUUAUCACUCCCUCUCUCUUGCCUGUACGCACAUCUCUCACAGUCUGCAAACAUCUUUACAGACAUUAACCUUCUUCUUAUCUGCAUCUUCACUUUCCAUUUUCCUAUUCCAACAUACUUACAAGUUAGAUUUUUUUUUUCUUCACUGUUUUAUUUACCACAUUUGUUUCCUAACUACCCCAGGACACCAAAGUGUCACUAAAUUACCAAAGACUUUAAAGGAGUAUAAUAAAGGUGCAAAGGAGAGGGGAAGA